AUGCUGAGCUUCCUGGGGGCCAUCUUGCAAAUGGCUGCCACGCACGGCCACUACGCCGCCGCUCCCCAGCAGAAGCUCAAGCUCAUCAAGAGCCCGCUGGUCAUGAGCAACGACAAAUUCCCCGACGAGCCAAACUUGAGCGCUUUCGGUGACCGGUACAGAGACGAUGCUCCAGAGUUUCAAAGGCAUGAGCAAGCGAACAUGCUCGAGAUCUUCUUCGACCUCUUCUUUGCUGCGAGCUACACCGUCUUUUCCAAGAAUCAGUCUGUCACGAGCAGUAGUAGAAUCGCCGGCUACAUUGGCUACUUCACGGUGCUGUGGUUUACUUGGCUCGCGGUGGCGCUUUACGAUGUUCGGUUUGUGACAGACAGCAUCUUUGAACGAGUAGCACGGGCCAUCCAUCUCGGCGUCAUGGUCGGUUUCGCAGUCGUCGCUCCUAAUUUUAGACCCGAGGAAAAGAACCACGAGAGCACUUUGCAAGCCACGUCCCUCAUACUAAUGAUCUCCCGCCUCUGCCUGGUAGCAGAAUAUAGCAGCAUAUUAUGGCACGUCCGCAAGUUCAAAAAAGUUCGGCCGGCAUUCUGCGCCCAGAUAGCCGUCCACUCCCUCGCGGCCCUGAUCUAUCUCGGCAUCUCGUUCCACCUCCAAUACCACCACAGCCACGCCUUCAUCGCGUGGUACAUUGUCAGCGCUGCCGAGGCCCUCUUCUCCCUUGGUCUCGGGCUGUACCACGACGUCCUAAGCUUCACCAAGACCCAUCUCAUGGGCCGCUUGAGUCUCCUGACCAUCAUCAUUCUCGGCGACGGCAUUGUAGUGCUGGCCGAAAAGGUCGUGACGAUAGUCAAGUCGCCCGAGGCGUGGAGUAUGUCUUCUCCGCCUUGCCCAUCGCGAGCUCUUGUCAAAACCCUGACAGCAAAUCCAGACCCCCUCAUCAUCGGCAUCGUCACCGCCGGCGCCUCGACAACGUACUUCGUCUUCCUCGUCUACUUUGACUGGAUGAAGUCGCAGCACCUCCCCGGCUGGCGGCAGCAAACCUGGGCCGUCCUCCACUUCCCCUUCCACCUCGCCAUGGUCCUCUUCAUGCAGGGCUUCACCCAGUUCGUCCUGUGGUCCAAGAUUGUCGACGUCCUCAACCACCUCAGCUCCAACUGGAUCACCGCCGACAUGGACGCCGUCUCCCGCGCCACCAGCGCCGACGUCCACGCCAACAUCUCGGCCGAGGUCACCAAGUUCUUCGCCGAUUACAACCCCAAGUGGCAGACCCUCAUCGAAACCAUCGAAACCGCCAUCCGAAACAUCAGCGCCAUCCCGGACGACUUCUGGCCCCAGCUGGCCAAGUUCUCCGCCACCCAAGCCGAGGCCGACCUGCCCCCCGAGAACACGACCGACUUCGUGACCGACGUCUUUUUAACCCUCUCCAUAACCAUGCAGAACAGCCUCUUUGCCACCUUUGACGUCGAUCUCACCCAGGAGUUUAUCGACCAGGGCAAGGAUGACGUCACUAUUGACACGCUGGGAGGCGGCUUUGAGACGACGAUAAACCAAGACACCUGGGACAGGUUUGAGCUCGUGUCCGUGGCUGCUGCCGACGAUUUGUCUGGUCUGGUUGGUGGUGCUGCUCCUGACGCAUACACAUUCCGUGCCGCCGCUGUUCUUCUCGCGGAGUGCCACCUUUGCCAUUCGGCGGAAAAAAAGGACGGAUGA